CGUAUUGCCUUUGUUUGGCCUGUCAUAUCCAUCGGCCAAGUAAUAUUCAAACACACUUUGAAUGUCGCUCGAUAAGCAAACACUCAAAAUUCCAAAAAGCACAAGCCCAGGGCGUAGCCAUCAAGUGUUAAUAAUUCUGACAUGGACGGAGGCGGGGACAACCAGCUGGCGGUGAGAUCCUUUGGGAGUCAAAGAGACGCGUUUUACUACUACGCAAGAGCUCCUGUUCAAAUCCUUCAAGUUCCAUCACCCGAUCAAGAAGAUGGAAGUGCAGCUGUCCUGCAUUUGGCCGUGCAUGCCCUGUUCUUUGCUGAACUGGCCGAGGAUUCGGGUUUCGAGUCUGGCAGCGAGGGUGAUUAAACGGAAAUGAUGAAUUAAAGGCCUUACUCUUUUUACAUGUAUUCUUAUGUAAAUUCAUAGCUCUGCGAGCAAUUUGUGUAUCAAUUGUUAAAAUAAAUAAAAUUUUAUAAUGUAA